CCACCGCCAGGAGCAUCUGGAGACUCUGCGAUAGACUUGACAGAAAAUGAUAGUGACGACGAUGUGAUCAUCACCGGUGUCCGUGGUCCUGCGGCGUCCUUGCCGACCCGCAAUGGAGGGGCUUCAACCGUCAGGCCUAUUCAUUCAGGGCAAGCUGUUCGGCCGGCUGCUCCGACCGCAAGGCAUGUCCGAGGCAUCGAGCAGAACGACUUCAAUCAGGAGAUGAACAGUGAGUGAAGGCUUUGGCUACCCACUUGUACCGUUACAGUGCUGACGCUGAUUAUCAAUUUGUCCCAUUGAUUCCUUGUCAAUACAAUGCGCUCCUUUCUCCACUCGUCCCCCCUGUCUUGUCUACUAUCAGAUAUCACCGAAGCAAUCGAGCGACAUCGACGAGACACCGAUGCCCUACUUGCCGCUGAUCGCGAAGAUGAACGUCGACGACUAAUCCUGUCUCCUCCUGCACGGUCCGCACCUCCAGCUCACCAACCUAAUCAACCUCGAAUCCGCCUUGGAGGCGCCGUCCUUCGACGAGGGGAUCAACAGAUCAACUAUGCCGCACAAGCUGGUCAACGCGGGAAUCCCACGAUCACUGCGGGCCUAAGACACCCUCCUGACGAUCCUCGGGAUCCGGCACGGCGUGUGAUGCCGGCCCCGGCUCGACGAUGGGAUGAUGGCGAGUUUGACCGUUACCAAAGAACUAGAGACCUCGAGGAGUAUCUCUUCGAUGACGACGAAGAGGGUGAUCCCCUUGACGAAUACGUGCCCCCUGAAGGCAACCCGAAUUAUCGCGACCCACUCGUUCCUCGACCAGGUCCGCUCGGAGCGGGACUCGCUCACCGUGCUGGAGCUCAGGGACUUCUCGAACGACUUCUCGGCAUAUUACCAGGCACUCAUAGACGAGAUCCAACGUUGGGACUGGCACCCGAUAUCGCUGCCAUCUUGGGGCGGGCGGGUCCCGCCUUUCGCGGAGGAGCCGCUGCUGGAGAGGAAGGUGUGGCGGAGGUUCUGGAGCGAGUUGCGCCAUUUCACUAUCCUCCGGCCAAAAUGGAUUUUACCACCAAUUUCGAGUUCGACCUGGCCGACAAACAACCCAUCAGCGUGGACGAUAACGGCAACGUGGUCGAUAAGCCCAAAACUAAAUCCAAGCCCUUCCUCUCAUGCGUGAGAUGCCAUGAUCCACUGCUCAACUCGUCCCACUAUCGAUCGGAUGAUGAUCGAAUCUGGGCCCUACGUUGCGGUCAUUUGAUCGAUCAAAAGUGUCUUGUCAAGAUCUCUGUCCCUGAGUCUGAUACGGCCAGUGGAACGGACAAGGAUGAGCCACCUGUCAAGAGGCCAGCUAGGCGUCGCAAGGCUGCUCCGAAGAAAAAUGUUCAACCUCCUCCCGAGUAUACCUACGCUUGCCCUGUGGAAGGAUGUACUGGCAAGUGUGUCAGUAUCUCUGGGGACGAUGGAUGGGAGCAGAAGCAUGGACAUGGAGCUCUCGUGGCUUUUGUAUGAUGACUGUUAAUGACACUUUAUACGACUUUGUAUGAUUACAUCCCAUGUAGAUACGAAUAGUUGACAGACAUUGAAUGACAUUUCAUUGGGAACGA